CGGCUGCAGCGUCGGUAGCAUCAGCAUCAGCAUCAGCAUCAGCAUCAGCGGCAGCGGCAGCGGCCUCGGGCGGGGCCGGCCGGACGGACAGGCGGACAGAAGGCGCCGGGGGACGGCGUCCCGCCCGGGCCGGCCAUGGAGGGCGCCUCCUUCGGCGCGGGCCGCGCGGGGGCUGCCCUGGACCCCGUGAGCUUUGCACGGCGGCCCCAGACCCUGCUCCGGGUGGCGUCCUGGGUGUUCUCCAUCGCCGUCUUCGGGCCCAUCGUCAACGAGGGCUACGUGAACACCGACAGCGGCCCCGAGCUGCGCUGCGUGUUCAACGGGAAUGCGGGCGCCUGCCGCUUCGGCGUCGCGCUGGGCCUCGGAGCCUUCCUCGCCUGCGCCGCCUUCCUGUUGCUCGAUGUGCGCUUCCAGCAGAUCAGCAGCGUCCGCGACCGCCGGCGCGCUGUGUUGCUGGACCUGGGCUUCUCAGGACUCUGGUCCUUCCUGUGGUUCGUGGGCUUCUGCUUCCUCACCAAUCAGUGGCAGCGCACGGCGCCAGGGCCGGCCACGACGCAGGCGGGGGACGCGGCGCGGGCCGCCAUCGCCUUCAGCUUCUUCUCCAUCCUCAGCUGGGUGGCGCUCACCGUGAAGGCCCUGCAGCGGUUCCGCCUGGGCACCGACAUGUCACUCUUCGCCACCGAACAACUGAGCGCUGGGGCGAGCCAGGCCUACCCCGGCUAUCCGGUGGGCAGCGGCGUAGAGGGCACCGAGACCUACCAGAGCCCGCCCUUCACCGAGACCCUGGACACCAGCCCCAAAGGGUACCAAGUGCCCGCCUACUAGCGGCUGGCAGGCCCAGACCAGGGCUCCAAGGCCACCCCACCAACGCAGGCCCCAGGAUCUCCGGGACCUCCCUUGGGUUCUUCCAGCUCAGCGCCAGGGACAGAGUGGGUGGCCGCCUUGGGCCAUCCGGGGCCAAGAGGGGGUGGACCCUCGCGUGCCCGGGCUGCCCCCUGCCAAGUUUCCCCAGUCCCUCAGCACCUGGCCCCAGGACUAAGGUCCUGAGAAAGGGAUAGCACUGCCCAGGAUGUGUGUCCCUAGCCCAGAAUGGACUGGCUUGGGGAAGGCAUUCCCUCUUGGGCCAGCCACCCUGCAGCUCACCUGCUCACUCUGGGGUCGGGGGUUCAGCUGCC